AUGCCGAAACUACCUUUCGGUUCAGUACUAACUUCUUUUCCCACCAUAACCAGGCCUCCCGGGUUAUUCAAAUCCAUUAAGAACACAUUUGAACAAACCCCACAAACUGUUCGACAAAAUGCCACACUCACAGCCACCAUCACCCCGCCCCACAAGUUGCCCCCAGCUUCAGCCUAUGUUCAUCUCCCGUUCUGUCGGAAACGCUGCCACUAUUGUGAUUUCCCUAUUAUAGCGCUUGGCUCCUCCUCUGCAGUUGAUGAUGACCCGCGGAUAGUAAACUACAUUCAAACUCUUUGCAGGGAGAUUAAGGCCACACCGGUGGAAUCUAGCGCUAACCCGCCUCUUGAGACUGUGUUUUUUGGAGGUGGGACGCCUUCCUUAGUUCCACCAAAAUUGGUUUCUUUAGUGCUUGAAACUUUGGGUUCUAAAUUUGGGUUGUCUUCGGAAGCUGAGAUAUCAAUGGAAAUGGAUCCUGGCACAUUUGAUAGGGACCAGUUGAGGGAAUUUUUGGAGUUGGGAGUGAAUAGAGUUUCUUUGGGAGUGCAGGCUUUUCAAGAUGAUUUGUUAAAAGCAUGUGGAAGAGCUCAUGGUGUUAAAGAAGUUUAUGAGGCUAUUGACAAUUUGAAGGCCUGUGGGGUUGAUAAUUGGAGCAUGGAUCUCAUAUCUUCCCUUCCUCAUCAAACUCCAGAAAUGUGGGAGGAGAGUUUGAGGCUAACUAUCCAGUCCGAGCCUACCCACGUCUCAGUGUAUGAUUUGCAGGUUGAGCAAGGCACUAAAUUUGGAAUACUGUACACACCGGGUGAGUUCCCAUUGCCUUCUGAGGAUCUAUCAGCUGAAUUUUACAGAAUGGCUUCAAGGAUGCUAGGCAAUGCUGGUUAUGACCAUUAUGAAAUUAGUAGUUACUGCAAGAGUGGUUAUCUUUGCAAACACAACUACACUUACUGGAAAUGUGAACCAUUUUAUGGUUUUGGUCUUGGGGCGGCUAGUUAUGUUAAUGGAAUAAGGAUGUCUAGGCCAAGAAAGUUGAAAGAUUUCAUGCAUUAUGUACAGAGUCUGGAAAAUGGUGUGUUCAACGGUGAAGAUGGUAGAUUUGAAACUAGUGAUCUGGCAAUGGAUGCUAUCAUGCUCGCCCUCAGAACUUCUAGAGGAUUGAAUUUGAAAACUUUUGGGAAAGCUUUUGGUUUCACCCUUGUACAUUCUCUAUGCAAAGUAUAUCAACCCUAUAUGGAAAGCGGGCAUGUUGUAUUCUUAGAUGACAAGGGAAGAAGUAUUGAAGCGGAUGAAUUUAGUCGCCUGGUUUCCGAUGAUUACAAGGAGAGUGAUGCACUUGCCUUUCUUCGGCUAAGUGAUCCAGAUGGAUUCCUUCUAUCUAAUGAGUUGAUAUCCCAUGCAUUUAGUGUCAUAGGUUCAUAA